GCCGGGCGCCGUCUCGCCACCGCCCAUCAGCUGAGAAUUGCUGCUGGGGGCUCUGGGGCCGGCGGAUGACAGUCGCCGCAGGUGGAGGAGGAAGCGGAGGAGGUCGGGAUGACCGCUUAGAAAACUGAACACCCAACCAACAUCUGAUGAAUUUAGUGAGUCAACAAAUCAGCCAUGUCUUACACUCCAGGAAUUGGUGGAGACCCUGCCCAGCUGGCUCAGCGAAUCUCUUCCAACAUCCAGAAGAUCACACAGUGUUCUGUGGAAAUACAGAGGAGCCUAAAUCAACUUGGAACACCUCAAGAUUCACCUGAAUUGAGACAACAGCUGCAACAGAAGCAGCAGUAUACUAAUCAACUUGCCAAGGAAACAGACAAGUACAUUAAAGAGUUUGGAUCUCUACCCACCACUCCCAGUGAACAGCGUCAAAGGAAAAUACAAAAGGAUAGAUUAGUGGCUGAAUUUACAACAUCACUAACAAACUUUCAGAAAGUCCAGAGACAAGCUGCUGAAAGAGAGAAAGAGUUUGUGGCUCGAGUAAGAGCCAGCUCCAGAGUAUCCGGCACAUUUCCUGAGGAUGGCUCAAAAGAAAGGAAUCUUGUAUCCUGGGAAAGCCAAACACAGCCUCCAGUGCAAGUGCAAGAUGAAGAAAUCACAGAGGAUGACCUCCGCCUUAUUCAUGAGAGAGAGUCUUCUAUCAGGCAGCUUGAAGCUGAUAUUAUGGAUAUUAAUGAAAUAUUUAAAGAUUUGGGAAUGAUGAUUCAUGAACAGGGAGACGUGAUAGAUAGCAUAGAAGCCAACGUAGAAAGUGCAGAGGUACACGUUCAGCAGGCGAACCAGCAGCUGUCAAGGGCAGCAAAUUAUCAGCGCAAAUCCAGAAAAACCCUGUGCAUCAUCAUUUUUAUCCUUGUCAUUGGAGCUUUGAUUAUUGGUGUCAUCAUAUGGAGAUUGACAAGCUAAAAUUAAAAAGGAACACACCAUUGCACUACAUUGUCUAAAUUAUGUAGGAAGAUCCUGUAAUCAUGUUUUUAUUAUUAUUUUACAGUUCUUGCAUUAAGGAUGGUUCUCAUACUUAUUUUUAUUGGCAGGGGGCUCCUUUGGAUUAAAUCUGAUAUUUUCUAAUACUGAAACUUUUUCUAAAUAUUGCUGGUGAAACUUCCAUACUUUUUGAUUUAGUAAUUGUUAGUUUUCUGCCCACAUUGUAUAUGCCUUGCAUUUAUAAUUUAUUUACUCUAUUUGACUCAGUUUUAAAAUUAGUACAUUUAAUGGUAUAUGUGCUCUGUUCAUAUCUGUCACUGUAUAAAAUGCACUUGAUUUAUGAUAUUUUGAUUUAAAAAAUCUCAAAUUUAAUUUUGAUUUGGGCCAGCAGAGGAAAUAAUUCUGGAGAAUUUACAUAAUUAACCUAUCAUUUUAUGGGAUUGUUUUUCUAGUUCACAACAGCACAAUUUCUCGAUUUCAUUGUUAUUGUUGGAUUUCUUUUAAGACCCUUGGUUUCUGUGAAUAAAAUCAAUGAAUAAUGUCCUUGAAUCUCUCAUGUACCUGAUGUGUAUAUAUUAAGCAUUUGCUGUAGAUUGCCUAGUGAAAAUACUGAGGAUAUUGUUUUCGCAUCCUGUCUAUUUAAGUCUGAUGUCUACUAGGGAAAGUGUAAUUACUCUAAAUGUCUGACAUAAUUUGGAGGAAAGGUAUGGAAAAUCCUUACUAAUAUCUAUUCUGAUUUGUUUUAAAGAUUCCUACUUGUUAUUCCACUCAGCUUUCUUAAUGCUGUCUGGUUUUGUGGGUAAUUAUCUCCUUUCCUUGUAUCCUAUAGAAUAAGGGUUAUAUAUGUAUUUUAGGGUCAAAAUUACUUUUAGGAAGUAACUUCCCACCGUUGUUGUUUUUGAUCACCUAAAACUUAAAAUUUAUUGUUUAUGUUGAAUUCCAUUUUAUACCAUUAUUCAUCAGAAAAGGAAUUGGAUGUUUGCCAGUUAACUCACUUGCCUUUUCUAAUCAAUGUUGUUUUAAUGCACUAAUCUGAAUACUGUAAAGACAAUUAUCUUAGUUUAUAGUAUUUUAUAAUGUUCUUAUUAUAGCAGUUUGGUAGUGAAGACAGUGUUUACUAUGACAGCUCUGAGACUUCAAAUGAGAACGAACAAAAUAUUAUGUAACUAAGUAGAUUGUAUCCUUGCAAACAAAUAAAGCUGAUUUCAAAGGUC